UAUUUCUCUGGUCUCCUGCCCUGCUGCUCUCUGCCCUGGGCUUCAAGCUCAAAAGUAUCAAUGAUGGCAUUCUCGAGUAGGGCACACCAUCCCUCUGUCAUCCCAAAGAAUGAAGAAGUGUCCCAGACAGCGCUGAGCAGUGUCCACCAGCCUGAUGGCAACGAAGAUGAGAGGGCUGUGUCCAAACUGCAGCGCAGGCACAGUGACAUCAAAGUCUAUAAAGAGUUCUGCGACUUUUAUGCAAAAUUUAAUAUGGCCAAUGCCCUUGCCAAUGCUGCCUGUGAGCGCUGCAAGGGAGGUUUUGCACCCGCUGAGAAGAUUGUAAACAGUAAUGGCGAGUUGUACCAUGAGCAGUGUUUUGUGUGUGCUCAGUGCUUCCAGCAGUUCCCAGAAGGACUUUUCUAUGAGUUUGAAGGAAGGAAGUACUGUGAACAUGAUUUUCAGAUGCUCUUUGCACCUUGCUGUCAUCAGUGUGGUGAGUUCAUCAUUGGCCGAGUUAUCAAAGCAAUGAACAACAGCUGGCACCCUGAGUGCUUCUGCUGCGACCUCUGCCAGCAAGUCCUGGCAGACAUCGGGUUUGUCAAGAAUGCUGGCAGACAUCUGUGUCGCCCCUGUCAUAAUCGUGAGAAAGCCAGGGGCCUUGGAAAAUACAUCUGCCAGAAAUGCCACGCCAUCAUUGAUGAACAGCCUUUGAUUUUCAAGAAUGACCCUUACCAUCCAGACCAUUUCAACUGUGCCAACUGCGGAAAGGAGCUGACUGCUGAUGCCCGGGAGCUGAAAGGAGAACUGUAUUGCUUGCCAUGCCAUGACAAAAUGGGAGUUCCCAUAUGUGGCGCUUGUCGGAGGCCCAUUGAAGGGCGCGUGGUAAAUGCCAUGGGCAAACAGUGGCAUGUGGAGCAUUUUGUUUGUGCCAAGUGUGAAAAACCAUUUCUUGGACAUCGCCAUUAUGAAAGGAAGGGCCUGGCAUAUUGUGAAACCCACUAUAACCAGCUAUUUGGUGAUGUUUGUUUCCACUGCAACCGUGUUAUAGAAGGUGAUGUGGUCUCUGCUCUUAAUAAGGCCUGGUGUGUGAACUGUUUUGCCUGUUCUACCUGCAAUACUAAAUUAACACUCAAGAAUAAAUUUGUGGAGUUUGAUAUGAAACCAGUCUGUAAGAAGUGCUAUGAGAAGUUUCCGUUGGAACUGAAGAAAAGACUUAAGAAACUAGCUGAGACCUUAGGAAGGAAAUAACUUCCUUUAUUUUACUUUUUUCUAUUCUCUGCAAAGAUAAGAGAGUACCAACAUUAUUGACCUGAUCCACCCUAUUUAAACCUGUUUCAGAAUAAUUGAGUGAAGAGGACCUAUAAGAAUGGUUUUCUUCAUCUCCUUUUUCUCAUUAAAAAAGAAAAAAUGUUUGUGUCAUCAUAUUUAAAAUAGAUGCAAUCAAGAUUUGCCUUUGUUAAGAACAUUUACCAAUUUAUUAAAAUGAAGAUUAUACUUCAUAGCAAAAAAAGCAUGCUUAAAUGUUAAAUUUUAAUUAAGGUCCAAAAAUUUAACUGCAACUUUUUUUGCCAUUACCACUGAAAUCACCACACUGUUGUCCAUAAUUCCUUUUUCCUUUUUGUUCUCUACAACUUUUGUUUUUAGUUACCUUUUUAAAGUCAAAUACAGCUUUAAAAAAUGAAAGUAUGGAGUCAGAUUUUACAUUACUCAGAUGAAAAAAUAUAAACAUUAUUGCAUUUUGUACUCAAAAGAAAAUUAAUUCCAAUUGCUAUUGGGGAGUAUACAAGUAAGAAAAAUAACCAAGAAAAACAAGUCUUAAUGGAAUCUUAGUAUGUUUAUCAAACUGAUGGCUUUAAAAUGAAUAUACACGCUGCCACGAAUCAAGUGUUUUCAGAACUACUUCAUUUGAUUUUUUUGUUGUCAUAGUUGUUAAAUGCAAUUAUGCUAAUGUAUUAUGCUUAGUUUUUUCAAAUUAUGCUUAGUUUUGUAUUUUGUUUUCCUUGUGAACUUCUUUCUUUAUACAGUUAACACAGUAGUUAUAGCUAGCUAAUAUAAGUUUGCCUUUUUAAAAAUUUGUGCAAAAGUUUAUUUGAAAUUACAGUAAAAUUUGCAGUAUUGGAAAAAUGAAAGUUUUUGUAUGUAUCACAGCAAUUAUGCUUCUAAGCUUAAUGUCAAAGAGUAGUUGUAGAAUAGGACAUGAAAUUACAUUUUAUGUGGCUUGGACUGUAUGAGUUAAAAAAGUAAAUAUAUAUGUUUUGGUCAUAUUGCCUUUAUAAUCAAGUUAAAUCUUUGCUUUAGACAUAAAUUUGCCUUGCCUUAGAAAAACACAUAAUUUAAUUAGGAAUUCUAGCUGUUCUAUAUAGUACCAACUAAAAAUAAAUGAAUUGGUUAGGAUUUAUAAACUCAGAUUCAUUUACCACAGCUAUGAUUAUAUUUUUUAAAUUUUUUAUCCCUUUUUGGGAAACAUUAAAAUUAACUUCUGCUGUCUUAUUAGAAGAGAAUGAUGUUGAUAAAUGUUUCAAGUUUUUCAUUUCAGAUCUAAUAAUUAAUUGGAUUUUAUUUGUUGUAAGAUGCAUAAGCUGCACUUUUAAAUUAGAAAGGGAUGUUUCAACUUUAGGUCAAAAACAGUGAAUUACUCUACUUCAUAAAACAUUUUAUUCUGAAGUUCCUGGAUCAUUCUUUCUUAAUAAAAUUGUACGCAAAGCAUUUAGUCAUGAACAUUAUUUGAAUGUUGCAGCUGUUGUGUUAUCAUUUAAAAGAAAGUUACCAAGAUGGACUUUUAAGGGGAAAAUUACUGUUUUUCCAAAAAUUACUAAAAUAUUGUUUUGCCAUUAAAUACAUUAUCUCAGAAUGCUACUACUCUGCCAUUAAAACAUUUCUAUGCAUGUAUUAAAAAGUGUAUGUAUGCACUUUACAGGGUAAAUCCUAUUUCAGGUUUCAGACAACUUAUAACCACUAACUUAUUUUUAGUGUUCUUUAGAGCUGAAAGAAUCACAAAUGAUUGAAAAUAAUUAAGUAUAUAGUUUAAGAUGGCAUGUGUUCAGAAGUUUAAAAUAGUCUUUGCAUUUGACAGUAAGAAUAAAACUCCCUCCAGUGUGCCUUUUUCAGCUAAUUUAUGACCAGCAAUGAAAACCUUAAAUGUAUUUAUUAAAUAUUAUAUGUAGAUAUAGGCAAAAUAGUACAGAGUUUGCAAUAGGGUCUUGAUGCUAAAUUCUAAAAUACUUCUAUACCAGAAAUACAAAGCAGAAAAGCAAGCAUAUACAUAUACAUAUACAUCCUAUAUUCUUAAUCACUUCGAAGAUGCAUGGACUGAACUUAGCUGCUUUGUUUGUGUACCUUACACAGCCAGGCCUCCUCAGUGCUCUCUUUGCUUACUCUUCUUUUUAAAUAUAAGAUAAUAUUUCCUGGAAGUUCAACUUGUUAGGGUAUUUUAUCUUAAUAAGGCUAUCAUUGGAGCCCUUACAUGGGAAGUAGGAAAAAGUUGAAAAACUGUAUUGGUAUAGAAGACAAACUUGGUUUAGUUCAUAAUAUUUUCUGUGGGUCUUUUCAUAGCUGUAAAAAACUCAGGCUAGUAAGUAUCUCUUUGCUUAAAGUCCAACAAGGCAGUUUUAAAUAAUUUAUUGUUUUUACCAAAUUUCUAAGGGCUCUUUUUCUUAUCAAGCCUAGUUUAAUUGGAGGAAAUGUCUGGAAACAAAUAAAACAUUCUUUAGAUCAUAUUGUAAGCCUUAUUAUUAACAUUGUACCCAAAAUGAUAGGUCAUUUUGCCUCACUUAUUUGCCAAAAUAGCCAUUUCUAAGUUCAGGAAAUUUCAGUGUAAGCUAACAGCAUUCUUAUUGUAUUUCAUUUUAGAUUGUAAGCUCAAUGUCAGGGACACUAUAUUGCUAAUUAUGUUUUUAUAUAGCAGCCUUUGCAUUAUACUCUUGGUACUUAAUAAAUGUUCAUAAUUAAUAACA